CUUGGGUCAGGGACACCCCAGUUACAAGUGCGCCCUGGGAGACAUCCAUCGACCAGGGCCCGUGAGAGGCUGAAGCAGAGGCUGCUGCAGAAGCUGAGGCAAAAACGCAAGGUCAUGAUGGAACGCAGAAGGAUGAUCAUCCAGAACAUCCCUGACUUCUGGUCUAAAGUUAUAUCACCCAUCAUCUGUGAUAAGGAUGAAGACAUUCUUAGCUACAUGACCAACCUAGAGGUGGCCAAACUCAAGCAUCCCAGGAAGCGCUUCAAGAUCAGGUUGUUCUUCCGCAGCAAUCCCUACUUCUCUAACACAGUGAUUGUUAGGGAAUAUCGAGCUAACCUCAAUGGGUAUAGAGCAUAUCGUUCCUCUCCAAUUAAGUGGCUUCAGGAUUAUGUGGGUGAAGCUCCAAGGCGGAUGGAGUAUAACAACAGUGUCAGUAUUUUCAACUGGUUUGUUGACCUCAACUUCGUAGACUCUAGCAGGAUUGCUGAGGUGGGUGCUCACUGGGAAAGUUCUAAGUGCAUGUUGUAA